AUGAGCACGGCUUCUACGGAAAACGCGGUAUCUAACGAAGAGUCCGAGACUAGAAGACCAGGCGGGCUGAACCGCACUUGCGAGGGAUGUCGGCAGCGGAAGAUUAAAUGCGUCGUAUCACAUCGCCCUGACACCGAUGCACACAAAUGCGCUCGAUGCUCUAAAUUCAGGCUGGAUUGCGUGUUUCCUCCUCCCGCCAUAAGAAGGAGGCGCAAUAAGAACGACGCCAGGAUUAAAGCCCUCGAACGGAAGCUACAAGAACUCCAGGAUGCAAUCUCCGAGACUCCUCCUCAGCUGGAUUUGGGCAAUUUCUAUCCAGAUCCACUAAGUUCUCAGUAUAUGAAUGCAUCGUGGGGUCCAGAUUCUCAGCAGCAACCAACUUCUUUAGGAGACUCACUACCGUCCAUGACACUCAUGUCAACUGGGUACCCUUUUUUAACAUCCGAAGACCCUGUGUCUUCCGGUCUAGUCAGCUUUGAGUUUGCUCAAGAGUUAUUUUCGGCAUUUUGUGAGGAUAUGGCACCGAUUUAUCCUCUAGUUCUUCUACCAGCACACUGGACGUGGCAAAAUGCCAGAGAUACUAAGCCUGCACUUUUUAGAGCAGCCUUAUCGGUUGCUUCAAGUAACCGUAAUCCAGAAUGCAGCAAGAUGUUAUUUCGAAAUGCUGCCAAAUAUGUGGCUGAAGAAGUUGCCAUACACGGAAACAAGUCACUCGAUCUGAUUCAAGCAUUACUGGUUCUGGCAGCAUGGUACUGCCCCAUGGAUAAUUUUCCAAAAUUGAUGUUUAGCCAAUACGCAAACAUGGCUGCCACUCUAGCAUUGGAUUUAAAAUGA